AUGAGCCCUCAGCAAACCGAGUCUCAAGUAAAUAAAACGGUUCCGGACGAAAUGCCAUCAGCGACUCCCAUUUUGAUUGGACGUCUAUUGUCAGAAAGGAAAUUCAUUGUAGACGAGCAGGCCCAAGUUAAACAUUUAGACGCCUCUACAAUUCCCGCCUCGUCCACUGUGUAUUUGAGAAAUUGUGAAAAUGGAGAAUACUUUCUCGAUAGCGUUUGUACCAAGGUCAUGAUUGGUGAGUUGCUUACAAUAAAGAAAAUUUCUGGUGAAAGUAUUGAGGCUAAUGCGGCUCAUGGUUCGGAUAGUUUUCAGUUCGCUCAGCGAGAACUCGCUUUUAUUAGACAUUCUUUAAUCGUGAUUAGCAAAUUUCCAGAGAACUGCAAAAAUCUCAUUAUAGUCGCCAAUGACAAAAUUAUCACUUCGACUAUCGACAUUUGGAAGUCUUCCAAUGUAUCUUUUAAGCUUAAUACCCAGGUUCAGACUGUCCAAGUUGACGAAUGUGGUACUAUUGAUAUUGAGUACGACAGGCCGUCGGCUUUCCAUUCUGUCGUCUGGACUGCGACUAGCGAAUUGAAAUUGAGGAUUCUUGAAAGCGGUGAAGAGAAAUAUAGUUUGACUACGGGGGAGAACAUUCCGAUACAAAGUGAAACUAGUGAAAGCAUCGAGAAAGUGAAUCCGUAUCAGUAUAUAAUUCGCCUAAUAAAUGGUUCUUUGAAAAGUGAAGAGUUAAUUAGAGCUGAGAAAGGGUUUCCUAUUACCCAGCGAGAACUAGAACAUUGGAGAGCGGUUAAUAAUAUUUCGACAUAA